AACCGCACAAACUUGGGCAGAGAACGCGUGUUUUUAGGUGUUGGUUUCCGUGUGGUCUGCUAGCAACGAUUGCUAUGCGGUUAUUUGUUAGUCGGUCCACUUGUUCGCGAUAUUAGGCGCUCUGUUUGGUGGUUCACACUUGCAACGAUGGUUUUCCUCAGGAAUCAACACGUCAAGUUUUUCCAGAGAUGUCUCAAUGUACUUCCCAGCGCUAUGUCAUCGUUGGACGAAAUGAGAAUGACUGUAGCAUAUUUCGCAGUUUCUGGGCUGGACCUGCUCAACGCUCUGGAUACAAUCGAAAACAAAGAAGACAUUGUUCAAUGGAUAUACUCACAUCAGGUCUUGCCUAAUAAAGAUCGGAGUAACCUUGAUCGCUGUGGCUUCAAAGGAUCUCAUGCCACUGGCUUCAAAGGAAAUGAUUUGGAUGAUUCUGCAAGCAGUUUUAACUGUGGCCACAUUGCCAUGACAUACACUGCCUUGGCAACCCUCAUUAUUCUCGGGGAUGACUUGAGCAGAGUGGACAGGCAAGCCAUCAUGCAGGGUCUAAAAGCACUCCAACAAGAGUCUGGAAGCUUUAUGGCUCUCAUCCAUGGAAGUGAGGACGAUAUGCGUUUUGUAUAUUGUGCAGCGGCAAUAUGCAGUUUGCUGCAUGACUGGUCUGGAUUUGACAAAGAAAAAGCUGUGAGCUUCAUUCAGGCCUGCUAUGGAUAUGAUGGAGGGAUCUCACCAUAUCCAGGAACGGAAUCACAUGGGGGGUCGACGUACUGUGCGGUGGCCUCGCUCGUCCUUAUGGGGCAGCUGCAGUCAGCACUGAGUGAGCGCCAGCUACGCGGCCUGCAGCGGUGGUGUCUGGACCGGCAGUCGUCGGGAUUCCAGGGUCGCCCAAACAAACCCAUUGACACAUGCUACUCUUUCUGGGUGGGCGCUGCCCUGAAGCUUUUGGGUGCAUUCAAGUUUGUGAACCAUGAGAAGAACCUAGAAUUUCUCUAUUCGACACAAGAUCCUAUCACUGGUGGUUUCAGCAAGUGGCCUGACAGCGAUCCUGAUCCAAUGCACGCUUACAUGGGCAUUGCAAGUUUGUCCCUCAUGGGUGUCGAAAAGGUUGCACCACUCGAGCCGGCACUCAACAUCAGCCAGCGGGCAGAAGAGCAUCUGAAGAGAGUCCACCUCUUGUGGGAGUCGCUCAAAGAAAAUGGUGUGGGAGGAGCUGGAGACAGAUAAUAGCGUGCCAGACUACAUGAGGCAAUUGUUACGACGUUGUGGAUGCAAACGCUGCACUUUUUGACAUAUCGUACUUAACAAAUUCGACUAUUGUCCUUUUUUUUUCUUCUUAGCCACGAUGCAAUGCUGGCAACAGUGUGGGCCAGCAGUUGGAAAGUGAGACGAUUGUGCAAGAGCGUCGUUUUUAGGUUUUGUUGUAUUGUCUCUGUCACUUUUACACACGUGAUAUUAAGAUUAUUUUUUAACUACACGACUUAGUGUAUCGACUUGCAAUAUGUGUGCAUCGUAUCCCAGCUGGCCUUGUUCCAUGAAGGCAGCCAACUAGAUACUCGCGAUGACAUGCUUAGUUUGAAAAGCGUGUAAGCAGGCAUUACGCGCUGUUUACUUAGUGUAUGCACAAUUGAUUGUAGGCGUGUGUCCUCUAGGAUUGUGUAUUCACCAUGCCUUGGUGGCAUGCAAUGUUUCUGUGAGCACUUUUGCCAAUGUUGUGCGUCAUGCGUGAUAUGCCGCAUUAUUGUUCCUGUAAAUUAAUCGGUACCUGUAUGACUGUGCUGGAAUAUAAUUCUUUUGUGCUGAAAUGUCACCUUUGUACGCAACACUUAUCAAUGCAUGCAAUUUCUCUGAGCUUACAUACAUAUUGCUUUGCAGUGUGGAAAAUGGAACAGGUGCGAUAAAAAGGUGUUACUGAUACGGUUAAGUUAGGUGCAUAAGUGGUGUUCCACGCUGUGUGAAAGCCAGUGUGUAGGUAUGAUAAUGCCGAAAUAUACACAGUUUGUAUGAAACUUGUUUCUCUGCUUAUUUCACUGCCAUUGUGAUCAGCGUCGCAACCGUUUCAAAUAAUUUGAAGAGUAGGUAGUAUCAGCAGGUUUUGUUCAAAUUGCACAACUCUACUUUUGAGUUUGGGCAUUUACCUGCAUGCUUAUUUUAGUCAGAGAGGAUUUUUCUGUCUGUGAAAUUUUAGUUAAAUCUGUGCUUGGCUAGCAGUUAAUGAAUGCUUACUUCUUUUUCUUCGCUUGUCUUAAACAGUAAUAACAGUGGCUACUAAGUGUAGCCUUCUUACAUAUAAUAUUUUAUGUUAACAAAAACAUCUUACAUUGAUGGGGAGUUUCACAGAACUAAACCACAUACAAAUUAUUAUUUUUGUAUAGUCUGAAGUUCGAUACAUAUCAAUCCCUCCCAUGUGUGACACAAAAAGAUAACUUGAUAAGCACUGAUGUUUUAAAUAUUAAUUAUGCAUAUGAAUUAAAACAUUCGAAGAGGAGAUAAUUUCCUCUUGCUAUUUAGCUCAUUUGAUGCUGUUUGUAGUACCUAUGACUUACAUGUGUAGUAUAAAACAAACAUUAGUCUGUCUUUAUUUAGAGAUUGUGAACAUUAAAGCUUGGCAAUGGGCCUCGCUGUGAAAGUAUGUCAGUUACAAGAGAUAGAUGGGCGACGUAGGUACUGUGUGUCUGCAAACUGUAUGCAUUUUCAUACCCAAGCUAAAUGCUGCUAUCUGUCAAAGCAAUGAUUCAGAUGGGUGUAAUAUCUGCUACUGUGUAUGUGUUUCUGUCUCGCAUUCAGUUUUUUUUUUUGUCCAUGCUAAGAAAUGUGUGCAAGCCCUAAAGUUGUGGACUAGAACACUACUUCUGGCUUGUGGUGGAGCUACUAUAGAGCAGGGUUCUUUUACACAGAGCUCUAUCAUGACAGCCUCUUGACAUUCACCUAAUAAGAACAAUAAGGAAAAAUUUCGGCAUUAGAAUAAAAGCAGCAACUUUUUUUUCCGCAAGGACCUUAUGCAUACCAGGUUAUAGGUACAAAAGCAGCCAUGAAGGUAUCUUUGCAUUCUGUAAAUACGUAGUUACUGCCCUGUUGUUUUCCCCAUGAGUCUUGUUUCCACUCCAAGACCUUUUCCCAUUCAAGGAACACAGAACAGGAGUGAUACAUCGUUUAAAGUGAUGAAUGAUGUGCUAACUAUAUCAUUAUUACUUUUGCAGUGACAAAUUAUUUUUGCUGUGUGAAAGUCAGUCUGUAGAAAUGUAUAAUGGUGAUAGUGAAGUAGAACAAGGCCAGCAUUUCAUAUUUUUGAAUUUCAAAACAGAUUCACAGUAAAUCCCCUGUCAAGAUUAAUUACAUCAGUGUGACACCGUGGUUUUUUUCUUUUUCUAUUUAGGCCACCGUGGUUCAUCUUCAGUAUUUGGAUACGUACAGUGUAUUUAGUUUUUUAUCGAUUGAUAAUUUACAUAGACAUGUAGUCAUGUCAAACAAACCAACUUAUAAAGUUUCUUGCUUGCUUUUA